UUAUUUGACAUGGUAAAUGUAAACAAAAUUAAAAAGACGAUGAAUAAAAUAUCUACCUAGUUGGAAACAUUUAAAAUGAAUAUUUUGAGCUUAUCAAAAUUUUCUUAUUUAUGUAUCUCAAAUCCAAGAUUUAUACCCAUAUCGUUUUUGAGCGUUUCUGCUACUUCACAUGGUAACAAUUUAAAAAAACAAGUAAAAGUGUUUGAAAAACUUUUAGGAGAACGAAAAAGUAGUAAAAAGUGGUAUAAGAAUAUGGAACAAGAUUAUUGCGCAUUGAAAUUUGAAUCCUCUGGAACAACUCAAACGAAAGAUAGGAAAUGGGACAAAAGAAGAAUUAAUGCUUUAAACAAAAUUUUUAUGAUGCAUAUAACCGACUUGAUGUCGACAGGAUCCAUUGCUGAGUUGAUUCAAGGGAAAGAAAUACAAAUAACGAGAGUUAAAAUGUCGAUAGAUUUUACCCAUCUUAACAUUUUAUGGACAUCAAAGGUUGAUUGCUCGGAGAUUAAUAAUAUUUUACUUAAAUGUGCCGGUAUGCUACGUCAUGAAUUGUCUCAGUUGCGAGUAGUAGGAGAGGUACCCAAUAUUAAGUUCGUAAGAGAUAAAACGGAUGAAGGUUUGAUGAAAAUUCAUGAGUUGUUGGACAAUAUUAAUAAAGAAAACAUCCAAAACGAUGAUACAUUUGAAGAACCACAAGAUUUAUCUUUAACACAUGACAUAUUUGGUUUGGAUCGGCAGAUGAUUAUUAAUAAAAUUCGAUCAAAAUUGAAAAAGUCUGCAGAGGCUUGGGAAAAUCACAAGUCAAAGUGA